AAAAUAAAAAUGCAAAACGAAAACGAAGAAAAUAACGAAAAUAAAUAAAUAUAUAAUUAAAACGAAUAAAAUUUAUAGAAAUAUAAAACAGAUAUUCAAACUAAUUCUAAAAAAUAAAAAAUAAUUGAAGAUUAAAUAGUAAAUUAAUUAGAUACAGAUAGAUUAAAUGAACCUGAAUAUAAUCACAAUGAUUAAAUUUAAAUUCCUAAAAAAAUCAAAGAUAAUAACUAUAUUGAAGUAAAACAAGGAAAUUAAAGAAAGAAAAUUCUUAAAUUUUCAAUAGUAAUAAUUGUAUUAACAAUUUCUUGUAUUUUAAUAGGAUUAUCAAUAGGAGGAGUUUUUAAAACCUAAAAAUAAUUAACAGUAUAAUAGGAUACAUAAAUAAAAUUUCCAAAACAAUAUUAUGAAAACGAAAUAACAAUAAAUAAAGGAUAAGAAAACAAUAUAGUUUAAUUAGUAUAUAUACCUCGAAAUUAAAAAACCUAUACAUAUUCCCUAAAAAACAAAUAAAUAACUACUACAAGUGAUGGAUUGAUUAAAACUACCAAUACUGUUACAAAUCAUACUUUUACAGUUUUAUGCUCUUAAGUUACAGAAAAACAUUUUGAAAUGUAUCUUUAUUUUUAAGAAAGUAAAUUUUAUGAAAAUGAUGUUUUAAUUUCUAAAUUGACCGGCUUUCCUGAAAUCAUAAAUUUAUAAAAAAAAUUAAGAGAUUUAUAAUAAUAACCAACUAAUCCUAAUAAUAAUGCUGGUUCUAAGCCUGAUCCUAAACCUGAUUCUAAUUCUUAAAAUAGUAAUACACCUAAUUCUCCUUUGACUGAUGAGGAAAUUUAACUCUUAAAAUAAAAAGGAAUAACUGUUGAAUAAUUUAAUAGAAGUAAAUACCCAAUUAUUAAGUUUUUAGUAGCAAAAGAUGGUGAUAUUAACAUGUAUUAUCAACCUAUUAAUCUUCGAAAUGAUCUUUCUUUAAUAUAUAUGAAUAUAAUUGACUAAGUAUCCCCUUUUGUAGGAAAAGAAAUCUACGAUGUAGUCAAAUAUGAUAAAAACAAUAGAAAAAGAGUCCUCUAAACACGUUAAAAAGAGCGUUUUUUCCGUAAUUUAAAUGGAGAAGACACUGCAUAAUAAAACGAAAUAAUAAUAAAUAAAAAUAAAAAUUAAAGUACUCUAGUUUAAACUGAAAAAGAUUAAAGUUAAUAAUAAUAGAAAGGAGAUGGAAUACAAAAUGAUUAUAAAUAAAGUAUUACUAUGGAAAAUGGAAGUCUUUUAAGAAGUGUUAUUAAAUCGAAUUUCGAAAUAAAAGAUGAUUCAAAAGAUCAAUCGAAAAUGUUUAGUAAAAUCGAAUAAUUUACAGAAGUAAUAAUCGAAUUUUCAAAUCAAGUUGAUGAAGUUGAUUCUACCUUACUUAAUAAUGUCUAAUCUUAUUUUUCUCGUAUGACUGUACUCAAUAUUGAUAAACAUUAAGCUGAUUUAAUCAAAAAUCCUUAACAUAAAGACAAAUAAGAGUAAAGAAUGCUAAAUACUGGAAAAUCAGAUACUAAUAAUAGUGCUAAUAAACCAAAAUCUAAUACUAGUAAACCAAAACCCGAUGCUAGUAAACCAAAACCUAAUGUUAGUAAACCAAAACCUGAUGCUAGUAGACCAAAACCUGAUCCUAAUAAUGAAAAGCCUGAUUCUAAUAAAGGAAAACCUGAUGAUAAUAAAGGAAAACCAGAUGAUAAUAAAGGAAAACCAGAUGAUAAUAAAGGAAAACCAGAUGAUAAUGAUGAAAAAAAUCCAGAUUCUAAUGAUGAAAAUGGAAAAACUGUUAAAGAAAAUAAACCAAAAACUGAUAAAGGAUUAGUAUAUGAUGAAGAAGAAGAAUAAGAAGCCGAAUUAUAAAAUAAGAACGCAAAAAAAAGUCCUGUACCAAUCGGAGAAGUAAUCGUAAAGCCUAUUUUUAGAUAAACUUUUACCAGUAUAGAAUUUGGAGCGGAUAUAAAAUCUGAAUGUAUAGAGUCAGGAUGGAUAGGAAAUGAUGAUAUAUGUAAAGUGGGUUUAUAUGGAGUUUUUAAUGGUAAUUCAGUAAAAGUCUUUGAAAAAGAAACUAAAUUAAAUAUAUCGAAAUUAUUAAAAUAUUACUAAUACAUAUAAUAUACAGUAAUGAAAAAAUUCGGUGGAAUUGGAAAUACAAUCGAAUUUUAAGUAAAUAGAGUAGUUGAUAAGCUAUAGGCAAUCCUAGAUAAAGCUGAAGAAUUAUUAGAUAUAGAAAAAAAUCCACUAACAAAAGAUAUAAAUAAUGCUAUAAAAAAUGAUUCAUUAGGUAUUAUGUAAUUUAUAGAUUCAUUUGAGAAUUUAGUAAACCAAUAAUUAAAUAGCAUUAAAGACUUAGUAAAUGAUCCUUUAAAUUAAGUAAAAGAACGUGUUUUUAAAUUUUUAAACUAGAAACAAGUUUCUUUUGAAACCCAAAUUUCAUAUCUAUAGAAUUUCUAUGAAGAUAAAUUUAACAAAAUACUCGCUUUUAUAAGCCAAAACCGAAACGAAGGAAUUCCUAAAGAUAUAUUAUAAAAAAUAAAGUCUUUAUUAGAUAUUUACGAGGUUUAUUUAUCUGAAUUAAUAAAAAAACCUAUAACUUAACUUUUAGAUUAAAUUGAAGCUUUUUUAAUGCAAAAAACAAACGAAGUUUAUGGCAAAAUGGCUUAAAUUGAUAAAGAAAUUUCUGGAAAUGCUGAAUAAAUCAUAAAAGAUCAAGCUGAAAAUGCAAAAGCUUCAGCAGAAGAAAUUACCAAAAAAUCAAAAAUUCCAAAUAAAUUAAAAAAAAUGUUUUCGUCUAAUUUUAUUGUUGGAUAAUUAGAGACUCUUCUCAAAUAAGCCGCAUAAAAAAUUAAAUCUCUAGGAAAAGCAGGUGAAGCACUAUUAUCUAAAUCCAAGGAAUUCUUGUAAGAACUCAAAAAUAAAAUACUAAACGAAUUAAAUACCACAAAGGUCAUAGAUAACGCCGAAGAAAUCCCCAAUAGUAUUCUAGUUGUUUUCCAGGAAGCUGACAAUGUAAUUUCUUUCUCCUCAAACCUCAACCAAGGCCUCCCUGAACUCAAGAAGAACCUUGAUAACAUAGUAGAAACUAUAAAAAGGCUUCAAUAAGAAAAACUAGGAAACGUCCUCCUCGAUUUAACAAAAAAUAUAAUUGGCUUUCCUCAAUAAAUGGCUUAAAACCUAAAGAAUUAAGCCAUAAACACAUCGAAAUAAUUAAAAAAGCUAGGCUUAGAUAUAAAGGAUAGUGUAAUUACAUGGAAAGACGAUAUGAUUUAAGUAUCGAAGGAUCUAUAUUAUGAAAUAAAAGACAUUUAUUAAGACCUAAAGAAUUUCUUUAAAAAGCCUGAUUUUCCUGAAAACCAUGCUGACUAUUACUCGACACCUUUAGUAAGUGAAAUAGGUGAUUUUAUACAUGACGUGAAAAAUUUGGUAAACCUAAAAUUUACAAAAGUAACUGAUUUAAUAAGCUAAUUCAAAUAAAUACCAUAAAAAUUCCAUAAUUUCAUUUCUUAAAUAAAAGACCUUGCCAAAAGCACCUUUAAAUAUUUCGAUAGAGUUAAAUUGGCAUUUAAUAAUAUUAAAAUAUAAGGAGAAUUAUUAUGGAAUAGCGUUAAAAAAAAAGCUGAAUAAGUUAAAACUACAUUUAAUAAAGUAACAACUAUUAUAGGAGAUAUAACUAAAAGAAAAUUACAUGAUAAAUAUCGAUUUUAUAAGAAGAUUUAGAAAUUGAUUUGGUGAAACUUUUGAUGACUUAUCGGAAAAUACAGAAGCUUUUGUACAAGAUACAGUUCCUUAGACUGUAAUAUAGGUAGAUGUAGUAAAAGAUGUAGUUGAUGAAGGUAAUGAUUCAUCUAAUGAUUUAUAUAAAUAGAUGAUUAAUUAAUUAGUAGACUAACUAUCUUAUGAAAAAAAACUAGUUUAUCCUGCUUUUAUAUACCCAGUGAGUUACGAAUAUUCCUACAAGACAAAAGUCGGUGUAAUUCUUAAUCUUUUCUUAAAAGUAGAAUGGCAAGUAAUAAUUAAUGUUUAAGUUAGCUUUAAAAAAGCGGUCUUGGAUUUAAACACAGGAGUAAAUACUAAAGUAAAAGUCACAGGUGUUAUCUCUGCAGAUACCGGUAUUGGAACUGUUGGGGGUGUUUGUGAUGGAAUUUUAUUAAAUACUUAGCUUAAUUUAGGCAUUUUUGUCAAGCCUUUGGAAUAAUUUAAAGGUGGUAUAUAUUUAGACGGUUAGUUUACCCCUUAUUAUUUUAGAUUAGGAGCAUUUGUAGGUAAAAUAGUUACUAAAGAGGAGGUUAAAUGUAAAACUUUAGUCGAUAAAGUGAAAGAAAAAAAAAAAGAAAGAGAUUAAAAAAAAGAAUAGGAAAAACUAGAAAGGUUAGAAAAAAACCUUCCUGAAAAAACAAGAAAGGAAAAAGCUAAAGAUUUAUUAAGUAAAGGAGUUAAUGGUGUAAAGAGUUCAGUCAGUAAAGUUUUGAAUGGAAAUAUAAAUAAAGGAGAGAAAGUUGAAGAUGAUGCUUAAAAUGAAGAUUAAGAUGAAAUUUAAGAAGAAAAUUAAGAUAAAAAAAAUGAUGAAAAAAAUAAAGAUGAAAAUAAUGAAAAAAAGAAAGAUGAAAAUAAUGAAGAUAAUGAAGAUAAUGAAGAUAAUGUAGAUGAAAAUAAAAACAAUAAUGAAAAUGAUAAUAUAAAUGAAAAUAAUAAAGAAAAUGAAGAAGAAAAUAAAGGAGAUAAAAUAGAUAAAAACCAAGAUGAAGAAAAUAAUUAAAAAAAGAUGCUUGUGAAAUCGCAUUAUAAGAAUUUCCAGAUAGAAACUAUAUUUAUGGACCUUUUGAAUAUAAAGGAGAAACUUAU